AUGAAGGCCAUUCUCCGCUCCAUCAUCCCUCUGACGAUGCUGAUGUACGCCGCUCUCGACGUCGUCGCGGGCCUAGCUCAAACGCCGCACCGAAGCGGACAACUCCAGGUCGCGUCCACGCUACACGUCCGCGGCAUUGGCGGUGCGGAAGCCGACGCGCAAGCUUCCUCUUCGGCCUCCUUGGAUGUGGAGCACAUCGAGAGGAACCACCUCGGCGAGCCCGUCGAGCCCCUCUCGCGGUACACGCACAUCCGCCGCGUCGUGCCGCAACCCACGCGCGAUCGCGUCGCGCUGCAUCAGCAGACGUACGACCACCUCGUUCGAAGCGUGCAGCACCAGUAUCACGCGGCUUCCCCGGCCUCUGCUCGCCUAUCCCGGAUCGCAGGGCGCACGCCGGAUCUCCAGGACCAGAUCAAGGCGCUGCACGAUGAGGAAAUCGUGUACCUCUUCCACUCGCGGCCACAAGACCGCCACCUCAAGGAGCAUCUCAUUGACGAGUUCGCCAGGCGCACCGAGUCGGCCGGCGAAGAGGCGCUGCGCCAACUGCAGGGCCGCGCCGCGGUCAGCGACCCCCCUUCGCCCAUCGCCAGGUACAACUGGAUGUAUCACGUCCUGGAGAACCUCAACUUUCCUCCGGUACGCAGGCUGUAA